UGAGCUUUGAGGAAGUACUUUUUUGUAAUAUUACCACAACUUACAAAUCUUAAAUAUGACUGGUCGUGGAAAGGGAGGAAAAGGAUUGGGAAAAGGAGGAGCCAAGCGUCACAGGAAGGUUCUUCGUGAUAACAUCCAAGGUAUUACGAAACCUGCAAUUCGUCGUCUUGCUCGCCGAGGUGGUGUCAAACGUAUUUCUGGAUUGAUUUACGAAGAAACUCGUGGCGUGUUAAAAGUCUUUCUGGAAAACGUUAUUCGUGAUGCAGUCACGUACACAGAGCAUGCCAAGAGGAAAACCGUAACUGCUAUGGACGUCGUCUAUGCGCUUAAACGCCAGGGACGUACUCUUUAUGGAUUUGGAGGUUAAAUGGUGCAGUGGCGCAGAUACUUGUCAUCUUUUGACAAUGAUAACGGCCCUUCUUAGGGCCACUAUAUUUAUCUUAAUGUAAAGGAAUAAUAUCUCUGAUCAUAUUUUAUGUUAAAGGAGGGAGGUAAGGUAAAAUUUUCGAAGAAAUUACUUUCUUUUUUCAUAAAAAGUUAGUAUAAUAGAUGUAGGAUAUUAACAAAUUUUUAACCCCUUGAGCUUGAGGCCCUUUUCGUUCAGGCGAACCAGCAACUCGAGAACAGUCAGCUGCUCGAGAGUAAUCAAACGUUCGAAAGUAGUAAGUAAAAAGCUGUCAACUGCUCCUCCGCUAAUUUCAUGAAUUUCUUACAAUGAAUGUAAUUUUAAACAUAAUAUUCAUAUUUCUGUUGAACAAAUCCUGCGAUAAGCCUAUGAAAUAAAAUAUCAUAGAAUACGAUAGGCAGUAGGUUUCGUUUACGUCUUUCGAGUGUUAGACAAUACUUGUGUAAAUAUGAGAUAACAGAAAAACAAUAUUUCUCAAAAACAAAAUUCAUUAGGCUUAACCUCAUUACAACCCUUCCCAAAAACAUAAGCUUUUUCAUUGUGUACAUUGUGUCGAGCGAUACAAUACAUUUGUACCUCAGAAGAUGACCUACAAAACCGAAAUAAAUACCGUUAUUGCUCAAUCUACCGCAUCGAUUUGAGUGGUGCCUGAGAGGCACCGCUGUAAGAGCUAAAAUUAUUGUAUACGAUUCCAAAAAAGGACAGUUUUAAAGUUAUUACAGAAUACAUUAGUCAAGGUAAAAGCCAGUGUUGCUGUUAGUUCUAGUUAGUUGGUUUAAUUUUGUAGUUUAUUUUGUACGGAUGGCUUUGACAACGAAUGAAUUUAAGUAAUAGUUUUUUUGAAGUGAAAACUUAGAAUCGGGGUGAUUUAAAAAAUUGAAACUCUGUGGUGAACGGUGGUGAAAUGGAAGUAAGAA